CACGAAGUUCUAGAAUCGACUCUCUAUUGCAUAUCCCUCGCUCAUCAUCCCACAAGAAACUCAAAAUCUCGACAUGCUCAACACCAUCGUUCCGGGGCUCGUCCGACGAGGUUUCGAAGCUCAUGCCUCCAUGACCCAGAACCAAGGCGGAGGAAAUGACGGCGAGGAACCACAACCACAAUUUCCAGUAUGGGGUGGGAUCAUUCUGGUUUCCACCUUCAUCCUCUUGAUUGUCGUGAUGUUUACGAUCGAUUACACGUUCGGAAAGCUUGUGCCUACCCUCAUUAUGAUCGAAUCUCCUCCUGAAUCCAUCGGAUUCGAGCCUCUCUCCACCGAAGACCCCGAUUCUACGAUCAACAAGGACCCUGAAGAGCUACUGGUCAAGCCCCAGCCCAUUACCUCCAGCUUCCGAAGAACAUUAAGACAUCUUGGUGGUUUCCGGGCACGCUUCCGUGGCAUCUUGAUGUAUUUCAUUUCCACCUUUGCCAUCGGCGUCGUUGGCUCAAUCCUCAGCGCCUUUCCGAUUCUAAGCUACAUCCCAAGACCUUUCUGGAAUGGUGUUGCGACCGUCGUCUGCGCGCUUCUUCCCCUCACCUGGACCCAUAUUGCGAUUUCUCAGCCGAGCCCCAAGACAUGGUUCCGUCGUAUUCCUUCAAUGAAGACGUGGAAGAAGGUUGCUGCACCUACUGCUGUUCUGGCUGUUGCGGAACAGUUGUCCGUCUUCCUCCCAGUCUACCUUGCCAUGGCUACUGGUCUAACGGACAAGAAGCCCAAAGAGAUUGCAUACAUGAACGGAGGUCAACAAACCGCGACAGCUUGCAAGGGUCUCGGCGUCCUCGCAUUCAGCCUCGCUCUCUCAUUCUUGAUCGUCAUUCCAGCUAAGGUCACCUUGGUCCGUGUGCAAGCAUCUCUCUUGCCAGACACGGAUGAGAGCAGUGUCCCAUUCGACCGCAGCUUUGGAGGAAAGGUUGUUCCUGAGAUCGUCGGCGGCAGUGGCGUCAUUGGCAUGCUCGAUGCAUGGAAGACCUUCGACUGGGCAUCUCGCAUCAGACUGAUUAAGGCCUAUCUCAAGGUCUUCGCCAUGCAAGUUGGUGUCACAGUCGUCUUCACUAUCUGCCUCAUCGCCGAGAUGAUCAUGAUUGCAGGUGUGAAGGAUUGGGCCAGAUUUUUCCCCAAGGACGGAGACCAACAAUUGUAGCCGAACAACAAGAGGUGCGUUGGACCGCUAGCGGAUAAUUAAGCGUGUAAAAAACUUCGGAGGGAACGAAAUUGGAUAGCUUUCUUUUGUUGUGGAGGACUUUUCUGGGAGAAAGGGAAUGCAUUGGCGUCGGG